ACUACGCCCAUAGCCCUACAAUUAAUCGGGAUAUAAACAAACGCCUUUGGUUCUUGUUCUAGCUCUUAACGUAAAAUGGAAACUUGCGGCAUUAUUUGUGUGAGCGGGGACUACGAAAAGUUCCGGAUGCGCUGCUCCCACUGCCCCACGGAUGUGGAGGUGGCCCAGUGGCAGGAGUUCGUUUUGCACAUCCGGAACAUGCAUAGCAAAGUGAAGAUCACCAAAGACGAGGACGAAAUGGUUAAGGACAUUGUGGAGCCUGAGAAGGUGCAGCCCGCAAAGGAACCACAAACUGAAGACCUAAAAACCGAGGAAACUGAUGUGAAAUCGGAGGAGGAGUUCAAUAUGGAGGUGGAAACAGUUGAUUCAUCGAUUUACGCGACCGAGGAGUCCGAGUCUGGUUCCUCAGAGGCUUCGGAUCACGAGGAUUCCGACCAGGAGGGUAAACCUAGAGAGGAAACCAUAGAAGAAGUGGAUUCAAAAUCUGCGCCCACAUACAAGUUCAAUCCAUCCUUCUAUCGACGGGAUCCUCGCUCGAGGAGGUUGAUAGAGAUCUACAAAACACACCCAUGCCUCUGGAAUCCCUCUGACGGCAACUACAAGGAGCCCAGCAAAUGCAAGGAGGCCCUGAAGGAGAUGCUGGCUGAUUUGGAGGCAACGGUGGGCUUGUUCUUGAACGAGAUCAGCCUGAAGCUGGCCAUCAAGAAGCUUCACAUGCAGUUCAACAUCGUCCACAAGCGAGUGCUCGCCGGAAAACUAAAACCCAAGUCCUUCGUCUUCAGUAUUUAUACUUUAUGCAGCUUCCUGAAGGCCAACAUGGAGGAAGGGGAGGAGAGUUACAGCACUGAAAAGAUCAAGCUGGAUUUCUCCAAGAAAAACAAGCUGACCACCGGCCUGAUAGAGAUGUAUGCCAACUUUCCCCAGCUGUACGACCCUGCGCACAAGGAGUUCUCGAACAUUAACUCCCGCAAACAGGCCUACGAGAGCCUGGCAGCGGAUAUAUCGGUGCCCAAUCAGGACAUCAACAGCGAUGACAUUUACCUCGCCAUCCAGAAUCUGCGCCAGUGGUACUACAAGAACACCAAGCACAACAUAAGUGCUGAAAGCGGGUCCGAGAAGUUUUACCUGGAGGUGUGCCGCUUCCUGCCACCAAAGCUGUUCAGGCAGCGGCUGGUCUGCGAGAUCUGCGAACAGGUCACCUUCUCGGAUCCCGUCCUGCAGUCGCACAUCUUCAAGGCGCACAACAUCGGUGAGCUGCCCUUUAAGUGCUCGCAGUGCGACCGGAGCUUUGAGACACGUGGCGAAUUGGUGAUUCACACCAAGCGCACCCACAUCGGCAAGACGCAGAAGUGCACCCACUGCGAGAUGACAUUUUCCGUGUCCUCGGACCUGGAGCUGCACAUCCGCACGCAUACGGGUCACAAGCCCUUCAUCUGCGAGCACUGCGGCAAGGCCUUUCGGCUCAGAUCGCAAAUGACGGUCCAUGUCAAUGCCAUUCACGCCCAAAUAAGGCCCUACAAGUGCGAUAUGUGUCCCAAGGACUUCAAGAGAAAGGUCCACCUCACGGACCAUGUCAAGGCGCAUCUCAACAUUCGCGAUAAAAUCUGCAACGUGUGCGGCAAGGGUUUCUCUAGCUGCCAUUCGCUGAUUCGCCAUCGGCAGAUUCAUUCCGAGGUCAAGAAGUUCGUGUGCAAGCUCUGCGACGCCAGGUUCUCCCAGUUUGUGGGUCUCAAUAGCCACAUGAAACGCACUCACAACAUCGUUCGCAACAAUGCGCAAGCUGCAAAUGAGGCAGGCGAAUCCGACCAAUGA